CACGCUUCCUUGAAAAGACGCGCUUCAAUUAUCAACAGUGUUGGCGUUGUAGCCACCUGCCUAGCCCGUCAUGGCGCCGUCCAAGCCGAAGCUGCCGGCCGACUGGAAGAAGUGGGUCAAGUUUGAAUAUAUGCGCCUGCGCACGCUACGCCGUUACAAGCGCGCCGAUGAGAUCAAGUCGGCCUGGAACGAGAACCGGCAGCUGCUGUCAGACCAGCUGUUGGACGAGGACCGGCGCCAGCUGACCUCGGGUGCCGUUUGGCUCGCGCCCGUCGAGAAGCAGCUGGCCGGCAAGAUCAGCAAGCUGGCGUCAGCGGACGUGCAGAGCGGCGAGCGGCGGGACAGGGCCAGCGUGCCGCUGCGCAUGCUCUACCAGGCCAACCCGCUGCCCACCAUGUACAAGUGGUCACCCAUACAGACCAACUUCAUGGUGGAGGACGAGACGGUGCUGCACAACAUCCCGUACAUGGGGGACGAGGUGCUGGACAAGGACGGCUCUUUCAUCGAGGAGCUCAUCAAGAACUACGAUGGCAAGGUUCAUGGUGACCAGGAGCCGGGCUUCAUUGACGACGAGAUCUUCGUGGACCUCGUGAAGGCGCUCAUCCCGUACCAGAACAAGGAGAGCCAGGACUCGGACGCCGCCGUCAGUGAUGACGCCCGCCCCGCCACGCCCGUGUUCGAGGCCGUCUCAGAGAUGUUCCCCGACAGGGGCACGCCACGCGAGCUCAAGGAGAAGUACCACGAGCUGAUGGACCCGCAGGCGCUGCCGCCCGAGUGCACGCCCAACAUUGACGGGCCCACCGCGCAGUCGGUGCCCCGUGAGCAGACCAUGCACUCGUUCCGCACGCUCUUCUGUCGCCGCUGCUACAAGUACGACUGCUUCCUGCACCGCCUCAAGUCGUACCACCCGGGCCCGAGCUCCCACAAACGCAAGACGCCAGACCUGCCCAUCUCGACGGAGCCGUGCGGCGAGAACUGCUACCUACACUUGGACGGUGAACGGGACAAAAUCGUGGCGCGUCUCCAGCCGCCCGACGAGGACUCGAGCGACUCGCGGCCGCGCAAGACGCUCAAGCCCUGGUCUGUCGACUCCGGCAACGAAGCCAGCUCCGAGGACAGCAACGACAGCGUCCAUCCGGAGACCACCAAGUCGGCUCUCACUGGCGCGCUGCAGGGCGUGGUGACCAGCAUGGACCGGCACCGGCGGCGCACCGGCUCCGGCGAGGGCUCGGCGGCCGGCGCCGACGCAGCCGACCCGGCCGCCGACGACGAGGCGUGGACCGGCGCCGACCAGUCGCUCUUCCGCACGCUGCACCCGAUCUUCCUCAAUAACUACUGCGCUGUCGCGCAGGCCAUGAUCUCCAAGACGUGCCAGCAGGUGUACCGGUUCGCCCAGGAAGAGGCGUCGAACCUGCCCGCCGAGGAGCACGUCAAAGACAGCACGCCGCCACGCAAGAAGAAGAAGAAGCUGCGCCUCUGGUCGGUGCAUUGCCGCAAGAUUCAGCUCAAGAAGGACACGUCCAGCAACCACGUGUACAACUACACGCCCUGCAACCACCCGGGCCAGCCGUGUGACGAGACCUGCUCGUGCGUCGGCGCGCAGAACUUCUGCGAGAAGUUCUGCCAGUGCUCGCUCGACUGUCAAAACCGGUUCCCGGGCUGCCGGUGCAAGGCGCAGUGCAACACGAAGCAGUGCCCGUGUUUCCUGGCUGUGCGCGAGUGCGACCCGGACCUGUGCCGCAGCUGCGGUGCCCACCACCUGCAGGUGGACAAGAUCCAGUGUAAGAACGUGAGCGUGCAGCGCGGCCUGCACAAGCACCUGCUGAUGGCGCCGUCGGACGUGGCCGGCUGGGGCAUCUUCCUGGAGGACUCGGCGCAGAAGAACGAGUUCAUCUCGGAGUACUGCGGCGAGGUCAUCACGCAGGACGAGGCCGACCGGCGCGGCAAGGUCUACGACAAGUACAUGUGCUCGUUCCUGUUCAAUCUCAAUAACGAUUUUGUGGUGGACGCUACCAGGAAGGGCAACAAAAUCCGUUUCGCCAACCAUUCCAUCAACCCCAACUGCUACGCCAAGGUGAUGAUGGUCAACGGCGACCACAGGAUCGGCAUCUUCGCCAAGCGACCGAUCCAGCCUGGUGACGAGCUAUUUUUUGACUACAGAUACGGACCCACGGAGCAGCUCAAGUUUGUAGGCAUCGAACGCGAGAUGGAGUUUCUGUGAGGCCGGCUGGCGCUGCGCCGACCCCCUCCCCCACGGCGCUGGCCGCGACGGGCCGCGGUUUGCCUGACUCCCGGGUCCGAGGUCGCGCCAUCGGAGGCGCCCAGAUGGCUGGCCUGUGGCGCCGGACCGGCUCUUUGCACUGUCUGUCCCUCUGUCUGUCUGUUUGUCUGGCUGUCUCGCCGGAGACGGUGGGGCGCGGCGGGCUGCGUGGUCAUGUCCGCAGUCUGUUUCCCUAGGCGCUAAGGCAAGCCGUUGGAGGCAAUGGCUGCGCCAGCGCCGUCCCUCACAAUGCAUGGUAUCGCAUAUCGUGACAUGGGUGAUCAGCGCCCAGACUUUGUUUACUGUCGUGUCGAAAGACAGGUUUAGCUCUUGCCUCUGUCACUCAUCGAUGUACACGUCUCCAUCGAGAUGCUUCAGAAAAAUACACCACGGACGCCGCA